GGUCUUGUAGCGGACCACGUCAGUCUGGAAAAAGACGAAAGAUACAGGCGUUGGUGUGGGUGCUAUUGUGUGCGUGUGUGUUGCGCGGGGUGGCCGGUGAGUGCCCGAAGGUAUGCGAGUGUAAGUGGAAAGACGGAAAGGAGACAGUCACGUGUAUUGGUGCAGAUUUCGUAGACAUUCCACGUCAGCUGGACCCGUCCACUCAGGUGCUCGACCUACAGCACAACGACCUGCAUAUGCUGCCCCGUGACGCCUUCGUCGACACGGGUCUGGUCAACCUGCAGAAGCUGUGGCUCAGCCACUGCAAACUAAAACACAUGGAACGCGGCUCUUUCAACAUGCUCGACAACCUGAUCGAUCUGGACCUGAGCCACAACCUGCUGCGCGUCGUGCCCACCGCCUCUCUCAUCGACAUCUCGGGGCUGCGGGAGCUGAGUCUAGCCAACAACGACUUGGCCACCAUCCCCGCUGAUGCCUUCGCUCCCACCCCUGACCUGGUGCAUCUGGACCUGUCCAGUAACCGCAUCCGGAGCAUCAACCCCAAGGCGUUCCGGUGUCUUGCUACGCUGGAGAUCCUCAAACUGUCCAGUAACUUGCUGGUGUACCUGAUGCAAGACCUUCUGGUACCGCUCAAUGCCUUGCACGGCCUCAACCUCAACGACAACCCAUGGACCUGUGACUGUCGUCUGCGGCCCAUGCGACAGUGGAUGCUGGACCACAAGAUCACCAGCUUGUCACCACCGACCUGUGCACGGCCAAAACGUCUCAACGGCAUCAGUUGGGAGCUCCUGGAGCUGGACGAGUUCGUCUGUGAGCCACAUAUCUUCCCCGAGACGCCGAGGGUUGAGGCCGACACCGACGACAGCGCUUCUCUGGUCUGUCGGGCCACAUCCGACGUCGAAGUCUCCAUCAGCUGGCUGUUCAAGCAGCAGCCCCUGGAGCCUCUCCGGAAGUCCCGCCGCUACAGAAUAAUUAAGCACCUCGUGGCCAACCAAUCCGCCAUCAUGUCCAACCUGACGAUCCGGCGCGUGGAGCCGCGGGACCAGGGGACGUACACGUGCGUGGCCGAGAACAAGGCAGGACGGAGCGAGGCCAACCUGACGCUUGAUGUAGCGCGGGAAGAGGCAGAGGAGAGCCUCAGUACAUUUAUGGACAAGAAGUAUAUGACGGGCAGCCUCCUCUCUGGUCUGGGCGUGCUGGUUACCAUAUUGCUGCUGGUGAGCUGCGUCGUCCAUCGCCGUCAGCGGGUGCGGAGAUUUCGCCGGCAGGAGGAAGAUCGCGAGAUGCGGGGUGUCAAUGCUUGUGCCAUCCCUCCUGCCGCCACCACCAACGCCACGGCCCCGGCCCCGGCCCCCGUCGCGCCGCGCCCGCCGGCCACACAGCAGCGGAAACCCUCGGAUUACCUCGUCAUUCCAUCCGGAGGAGAACCUGACGCGCCGCCGCUGAUCCCGCUGCAGAGGGACGACGCGUGGCUACAGCCCGAGGCCAUCAACGGCGGCUACACGCGUUCAGCCUACCUGGAGAACGGCAGGUACGACAACUCCAGCCUAGACCGGUACCGAGAAGACAUCAUGGACGAUAUGCGUGGACACCAACGCUCGCCCAGCACCAUCUCUUACGUGGAGCUGCCGUCGACGGAGCUGCCUCGGCGACAGAGCACGCUAACGGACAAAGAGAGUCUCAUGAACCUCGAGUUUGAGACGGACAUCCUGCGGCGAGAGUGCAGCCCCACGGGGUCGCUGGUGUCUGUCGUGAGCAACGGCCAGCUCGAGGACCUGCUGGGCCUGCCCUACCCGGCGCCCCGGCGGGAAACUACGAAGGCCUUCCACCACCCGGACGUGAACAACAUAGCCAGAAAUUCCGCCGCCUCGCCCAGGAAGCACCACAGUCCCACCGCCCACCACAGCCCUAACGCCCUGCCUCGCCUCCCUUCCAGACACCGUCCUUACCUCUACGAUGAAAGACGGAGGGACAGACUACCCUACGACCCUAGCUCCCUCAACGCCAGGUGCUACAGUGCUCUUAACCUGGCCAUGAGCGAGGCUGCCACCCACGCGUUCUUCUACCCCCGAGGGCGGCGGCCGGCUACGCGCUACCCCUCGCUGCCCUCCACGCCCAUGCUGGCCAAGGACGACAACGCCAUCACGAGGAACCACGACGCCCGGAGACUUCGGAGGUUGAUGAGCGCCAACAGAGGGGUGUACCGGUCUCUGGAGGGCGCGGGGGACCUGGCCAACUCCUUCCUGUACCAGUACCCGACGGUGCAGCUCGAGAACUACCACAAGGAUUACCGCAGCGUGCAGAAGCGACUCAGCAGGAGGAUGGAGAAGCGGGAUGCGCUGAAUCGUGCCGGGGGGUCAGCCUCCAGGCUGACGGACGACCUGCGCGGCUCCACGGCCUUGCUGGGGGGCCGGGGCCCCGCUCCCCCCGCCCUUACCCGUGGGAGGCUGAGUCGCGCUAGCAGCCUCACGCCCGACGUGACGGGGGCCCUGAGCAGGGACCUCACCGACAGCUUUACCCGCAGCGUCACGGGCAGGCUCAGCCGCUCCGGCAGCCUCACGCGUGACAUCACCGGCGGCUUCACCAGGGACGUCAGCCUGACGCGGGACCUCACGGGGAGCCUCACGCGUGACGUCACCGGCGGCCUGACGCGUGACGUCACCAGCAGUCUGGCGCGAGACGUCACGAGUACUUUAGCACGUGAUGUCACUAGCAGUUUAGCGCGUGACGUCACCAGCAGCCUGACCCGUGACGUCACUACCGCGUUGACGCGUGACGUCACGAGCAGUCUGGCCAGGGACAUCGCCACCAGCCUGUCGCGGGACGUGGCGGACAGUCUGAAGCACGAGGUGGGCGGCGGCGUGGACCUGUUCAGCGACGCCUCGCCGUCGUCACCCUACCUGGACAUGGAGCUGGGCUUGGCGCGCGGGCGGCCCCGGGCGGCCACGGAGCCC